AUGGCCCGCCGGUGCGACCUAUGGAAAUGUGACGCUGGUCUCAAUUACCGUCCCGUGCUCGUCGAUCUCGAUUUACUUGAUCCUUCCUGGGGACCUCCCUUGGUGAUGCGCAUCGCGAACACGCAUCUUGAAUCCCUUCCGCAGGGCACGCCUGUACGACCCGGACAACUCGCAUUGAUCAGCCGCCUGUUGAAGCAACCUGAUGUAGACGGCGGGGUCGUUGGAGGUGACAUGAACGCGAUUGCGCCAAGCGAUGCCCGGAUACACCUGGACGCGGGACUAUUGGAUGCUUAUACUGGUCACCCCAAUGACCAUAAUGGGUUCACAUGGGGUUACCAACCUCUUAGCGAGUAUCCCCCGGCAAGGCUGGAUAAGUUGUUCUAUACACCCGAAGUCUUUGGUGACCCGCCACCCUUUGUGCGGGUUCACCCACCGGAGCUUGUGGGAGAAACGCUCAUAACGUCAAGGGGGCAGUGGGCGAGUGAUCAUUACGGGCUUCGCACCUGCGUUCAUUUCACCCAAGUCGCGUGA